GGAUUUUGCACUAUAUAAGCAUUUAAGGAUUUUAAAAUCUUACAUUUGCAUACAUGUCACAAGUUUUACUUUGUAAAUGAAAGUAACACUCUUUGAUACCUCAACCACUUUGAAGGUACAGACUUCUAACUUUAUUGCUUUUCAUUUCAGGUUUCCGAUGAGCCCUUUCUAGUGUUCAGUUGUCCCACGUUUACUGGUUUAGUUGAGCAGUGAUUGCCACCAUAAUUCAUGAACCACAUGGCGAGGAGUUAGGCAACCAAAGUGGUGAUCGUGGAGACUGGAGUCUCACACAUGAACAUGUCUUAAGAGUCAUUCCAAGACUGUAUCUGACGCGUGGCUAUAACUGCUUGUAGGAUAGAGACUGUCACGUGGUCCACUUCCUUUCUCUUGUGGUAACUCUUACAAGUUCAGACCACAUUUCCUUGGCAGUCAAAAUAUCUGUAACCUCCAUCUGCAACAGACACAGUCAGGAGUACCUGCCUCUCGUCUUAUUUGCCUUCGUCUAGGUGAUUGGAGCCCAUUACCAUCCAGUCAUGACGGGAAAUUUAAGCAGCGCCAAGCUAGACAACGCCACCCUGUUCCUGUUUCAGAAUGUGAACACCAGCAUCAUCAUUUCUGUCAUCUACAUGAUCGUCACUGCCAUUAACCUAGUGGCAAAUGGUCUUUCUAUGUGGCUCCUCAUCUUCCGUACCACACCCAAGACUCCCUCCAUCAUCUUCAUGAUUAAUCUUACCAUCACCGACAUGGCCCUCGGUACUGCCCUGCCCUUCCAGAUUGCCUACCAGCUCAAAGGAUACCACUGGGAUCUGGGAUCAAAUAUGUGCAGUUUCCUGACCCUCGUCUUCUACACCAAUAUGUACUGUUCCAUCCUGACCAUGAUGGCCAUCAGUAUUGACCGCUACCUGGGCAUCAUCAGGCCCAUGCAAUUCAAGCAAACCAGAGAGAGGAAGUCCAUCGCUGUCAUCAGUUGCCUUUUCAUGUGGGGUUUGGUCCUGAGUGUUCUGUACCCACUGAUGACCACAGACUUGACCUUUGAAAUCCAAGAUCUCAGGAUUAUCACCUGCUUUGAUGUGCUGAAGAAAGACAUGCUUCCGUCAUUGCAGGCUUGGGUGACCUUCAUCUUCGGCAUGGUGUUCCUUCUCUUCCUCUUACCAUUCUGUGUCACAACAUUCUGCUAUAUAAGUGUCAUACGCAAACUUGCCAGGGAUUCCAAGACAGCCCAGAAAAAGAGAGCAAUACGUCUGGCCAUCUUUGUUCUCCUGGUCUUCACCAUUUGCUUUGCACCCAACAACAUCCUCCUGUUGGUUCACAGUGUGCUGAGGCUCUUCUAUAAUAAGUCUGCCUACAUGGCCUACAAACUUUCUCUCUGUUUCAGCUGUGUGAAUAGCUGCCUCGAUCCCUUCAUUUACUACUUUGCUUCAAAGGAAUUCAGACAAAAGCUGAGACAGAUAAUGAAUCUGCAGAGCCAGAGUAGCGCAGACUCGAUGAAGAUGGAUAAUAAAGAGAGUUUGUACUCGUCAUAGUGCGUUUAUGAAGGUCAAGAGAAAGAACACACCAAAGUGUCUUUGAUACCAGAGCACACCAUAGCAUAGAGAGUGGGAAUGUGACAAAAGAGAAAAAAGGGUGAGAGAGACACGAGAAAGGAAGUGAGAGAAAAAUAGAGUGUGCCAGAGGUGUGAGUGUGCAUGUGACAACAUCUUGCAACAUCUUUUCUUGGGUCAAAUAUGAACAUCAUUUGAUUUAGUUUUUUAUGUGCACCACAAAGCAAAUGAUCAUGGACUGCAGCUGAGUCCGUUUGCCAAAAUUAAUCUUCAUCUUCUCCAUUAUGUGUUUGGUUUUUUUUUUCAGAAUGAGUAACCAUUUACUGUCUGUAGAUCUGCCACAUGCAUCAUAAAAGUUAUCCUGACUGAAUGUAGCAUGCAAAUGUGUGUAAAAACCCAUGAUUAAAGUGUUUGCAAUAUAUUAGCCUUCAUAUCCCAAACAUAGCUGACCUUUUAACAUUUCCAAUAUUGUCACUUUAAAUGUCUCCAAAUAUCUCUGGAUGUUUGGCUAGUUUCUUUUUGUCCUUCUUAACUUCUUCUUAACCUACUUAUUUAACUUGCUUUGUUUCAAAAAAAUAAAAUUAUUUUAUAAAUUGUUA